AUGUCGAUGAGAAAGGAGCUCUUUGAUAUAGUUGAAAGGCAGGUAGUUAAGGUCAUGAUCUCUAGUGAUUUGAUGGAGAUUUCACCGCAGAUACCUCCAAAGGGUACCGGGAUCGAGGAUUGUGUAGGGCUCAAGGGCCCCAUAGCUCCCACUAUUCCGAAUGCGCUGGAUACCACACGCAGAGCGGCCAAUAUCUAA